CCGCUGCGUGCGCCCCCGCGCCUCUGCGCCAUGGCCGGCCUCAACUCCCUGGAGGCGGUGAAACGCAAGAUCCAGGCGCUGCAGCAGCAGGCGGACGAGGCGGAGGACCGCGCUCAGGGCCUGCAGCGGGAGCUGGACGGCGAGCGCGAGCGGCGCGAGAAAGCUGAAGGAGAUGUGGCGGCUCUCAAUCGACGCAUCCAGCUUGUUGAGGAGGAGUUGGACAGGGCUCAGGAACGACUGGCCACAGCCCUGCAGAAGCUGGAGGAAGCAGAAAAGGCCGCUGAUGAGAGCGAGAGAGGAAUGAAGGUGAUAGAAAACCGGGCCAUGAAAGAUGAGGAGAAGAUGGAGAUCCAGGAGUUGCAGCUCAAAGAGGCCAAGCACAUUGCAGAGGAGGCCGACCGCAAAUACGAGGAGGUAGCUCGUAAGCUGGUCAUCCUGGAGGGCGAGCUGGAGAGGGCGGAGGAGCGUGCCGAGGUGUCUGAACUAAAAUGCGGUGACCUGGAAGAAGAACUCAAGAAUGUCACUAACAACCUGAAGUCGCUGGAGGCUGCCUCUGAAAAGUAUUCUGAAAAGGAGGAUAAAUAUGAAGAAGAAAUUAAACUUCUGUCUGACAAACUGAAAGAGGCUGAGACCCGUGCUGAAUUUGCAGAGAGAACGGUUGCAAAACUGGAAAAGACAAUUGAUGACCUGGAAGACGAGCUGUAUGCUCAGAAGCUCAAGUACAAGGCUAUCAGCGAGGAGCUAGACCAUGCUCUCAACGACAUGACCUCUCUCUGAGAGGCAGCAGGGGUGCUGCCCUCUGUCCUAACAGUACUGAAGUCUGCCUUCUCACUGUGGCGCCUGCGUUCCGUGGGCUUCUAGAAGCUCCCGUGUCCUGCUUCCUCGUUUGAUCCUUCCAGCUGUCUUCUGCUGUGUCUGUGACCGGAAUAAAAACAGGCGGUCCUCAUCUUCAUACCCUCUCAUUUUCAUUUUCUCCACUUGCUGCUUUUGAGCCCUAGUAGCUAUGAUGCCCUUGACAAUGGGCUGCAACAGAAAGUGGGAGGUUCAGAUGGAGAGCUCAUUUCAGAAAGAAAAUUAUGCCCACCUGAUACUUUUCUGAUGCCGUGAAAACAAAAGCCCAUUUGGCACUAGCUUUCAGACUCGGGGUUAGCUAACUCUUAUCUGCAUGCCAGUAGUGGGUUUUCCUUAAAUAGGAAUUGGUUUGAGUGUAGACUCACCCACCUUAAGCAGCUUCAUGGCGCUGGCAGAACUUGCAGAAACCAGCAGGCUUGUGGCUAAAAAGAAAGCUACCCUUGAAUGGGGUUUGCUCUACGGAUUCAAACAGCAGCAGUGGCAUUUUGGUCUCUUGAGUCCUCUUUUUUCGCAUUUGUUUCUUUGUGUUAUACUCUGAGAAUGGUGCCUGGGGUUCCCUGUGUCUUCAUUGUUCAUGGAACAUCUAUCCACCCCCCACCCCUGGGAGGAAGUUCACUCAUGAAGCUCACCUCUAUGCCUUGCCCUUAGAAAACAACCCUAAACAGAAUUAAAGAGCAUUAGACAGAAAGGGAAUGGAAGCUGCUAGAAUGCCAAAGAAAGGAGGUGAGGUGCUCCAUUCCUGAGUUCCAGUUGCCUGAGAAUCUAACAUCCCCUCAUACUUGAAUUAACUAGAACCGGGAGCCUUGCUUUGGUGGAGGAAGAGCUCAUCAAGUUAGCCUGUGGGUGUUAAAAAGUCAUGGUUAUAGUGACCAAAAGCUCGUAGAUUUUUCCAAGAGAGUCCAAAUUUCAAAUAGUCUAUCCAGUCCUCCCCUGCACCCCACCCUCCACCACCUCAGAUUGUCCCAGAAACACUGACAUGAUGAUGUCUAAGCCACAUCUUCCAGACGGCCCCAUGAACCUGAAAAUGGCAUGAAAAUCUCCGAUUAGAAUGAUGAAUUUUGGGUCCCUAUAGCUUUUCAUUCCUUAUUUUGUAAUUUUUUAUUCAGGUGGGAACCUGUGUCCUGAUUCUUUUUUCAUAUUCAUUGCUCCAAAAUACGUCUCCCCUGAACAAUCUAGACCCUUCCACACCCAGCCUCUCCCUACUCCUAACUGCCACCCACUGGAAACGAAUGCACACACCACUCCCCUCACACAGUGCCAUACAUCCGUCCCUGGAAAUAUUACAGACUGUGUAGGAGUGGGUGUUUUCUAUUUGCUCCGUGUUUUUGUUCCUGGUAUUUUUCCAGACAUUUGUAGCCUCCCCUCUUUGAAAAUAACUGCAGCCCUGCCUCUCCGGUCAUUCUGCUUAACUAAGCACUUGAGUAGAACUUGAUUGACAAGAGAGUUGGGCAAUGGGGAUCUACUAUGACCUGUUGACAGUCUAUGGGUCUGUUACAAUUCUCAAGGGCAAUUAACACUUACAGGGAAGGUUAUUUUAUCUCAGACCUAAUAACAAAGUAGAUGCCAGGAAUCUAGUGGCAAGGUGAGGUCAGGAUUUGGGAUAUCUGGGUUUAGAUUCUAGCUCUACCACAUUAGCUGUGUGCCCUUGAACAUGCUACUUAGCUUUUCUGGAAAAAAAAAAAAAAUGGUGGCAUCUCAGUUAUUGCGAGGAUUAAAUGAGAGUGGAGAAAUUAGCUCACACAAUAGUAGGCACUCAGUUACCAUGUGUCCUCCCAGACUGAACAGGCCUGGGUCGCUGUUCUCUCUGAUGGAAUCCUCCCAGAUUAGAGUGGCUCGAUUUUUUUUUUUUAAGUGCCUCAUCAAA